AUGUACGCCAAAUGUGGUUCGGUUUCAAUGGCUCAAAAACUUUUUGCUCAGAUGCCAUUGAAGAAUGUAGUUUCUUGGAGUGCAAUGAUCAACGCUUUUGGAAUUCAUGGUUUAUGCUCUGAAGCUUUGGCUUGUUUCAACCAAAUGAGAUCGAAAAACCAAGUACCUAAUUCCGUAACAUUCGUUUCAAUUCUGUUAGCUUGUAGUCAUUCUGGAAAGGUUGAAGAGGGAUGGAGAUUUUUUAAGGAAAUGACUCAGGAUUAUGGGAUUGUUCCAACUCAGGAACAUUAUGCAUGUAUGGUAGAUUUAUUAGGAAGGGCUAGGAAGAUCGAGGAAGUUUUAUCCUUCAUUGACAGCAUGCCUAUAGAACCUGAUGCUAGUGUUUGGGGGUCUUUAUUGGGUGCAUGUAGAAUGCACAGAAGGGUUGAAUUAGCUGAAAAUGUAUCUGAUAAGCUCCUUCCUUUGGAGACCAAUAAGGCAUCUGUUUAUGUUUUUCUUUCUAACAUCUAUGCUGAUGCUGGCAGGUGGGAAUCGGUGAAGAAAAUAAGGAAGAAAUUGGCAAAACUGGACUGUGUAAGCAUAUCCGGUUCGCCGCAGUUAAAGUUGGGAAGAGGUUUCUCGUACUGUAGUGCCUUGGAUGGAUUAACUUGCAUAAACACACAUGCUGAGAAAGUUAUUACUGCACACAGCUUAUCUACCAUCUUAAAGGAGCGAUAA